AUGCCCUGGAAAAAUCUCUACGCUACCAGCAGAAAGCAGGAAGGUGACACCAGCCAAGAAGACGCUAACAAGCUAGAGAAAGUUGGGCAUGUUAAGAUUGGUUUUGUGUCCUGCAAGAUCAGAAAAAAAGUUAUGGUCACAAGGUGCCAUAGGUGCCUUGAUUACGGCCAUAUAGGUCGAAACUGUCAAACAGUAGAUAAGUCGGCUGCUUGCUUUAAGUGCGGAGAAGCCGGCCAUAAGGUGGCAGAUUGCAGGAAGAGCCCAUGCUGCUUCUUAUGCAAAGCAAAGUGCGGUGACAUAGCUGACAUCAAACAUGUCGCAGGCAGCUGUAGAUGCGGAGUCUUCAGGUCGGCCCUUGAGGAGGCCAAGAAGACUCUCGUAAGAACAAGAAAUAAAGAGGCCAGUACAAGAGCGGCACGGAAGAGAUGCGUCAGCGACUAA